AUGGAGACUGAGGGGUGGUUUGCUGGUCUAAAAACGCACAGAAGGAAGAAAGGGACGGCGGAUCCUGGAUCACGUGGUGAAGAUUCAGAUGGUGUGGAAGGGGAAGACGAGUCUGAAAGUGAAAAGAGAAGGGGUGUGCCCUCUCUACGAGAGCGUUUACCUAUGUCUGCUGGACUAGGAGUAGGUGAACUUCGGGCUCGUUUAGGGGUUUGGUUCGGCAGCGUGGUAGCUCUAGAUGGUGCAGAGAAAGGUUCUCACAUGAUGUUUGCAUUUGAAUUUGGUGAUGGUGGAACAGAGACUAAAUAUGUGGAAUUUAUUUCUGAUCCCAUGAUGCAACUGAUUACAGCAAAACACAGAUACCAAAAUGAGGGAGUCUAUCAAGUCAAACUGAUAGUCCAGAAUCCUUUGGGUAACCUGACAGUGUCACUAGACAAACCAUUCUAUGUCCAGGUACCUCCUGAUGGAAUAGAAUUGUUUGGAAGCUUGUGUAUUCUACCUAGACAAGACCUGCACUUGACUCUUGAGGUUGCCAUGGGAACCAAUAUUACCAUAAAUUGGAAAAUGGGAGACGAAACAGAAUUUAUAGACCAUGGUAAAUCAGUGACACACCAAUACCAAACUACUGGCACCAAAUUUCUAGAAGUAAUAGUUUAUAACAGAGUAGACAGAGUUCAUUUACCAAGGGAGAUAACUGUUGUUGAUGAAAUACAUGGAGCCACAUUAAAAAUACCAAGUGUAGUUAUUAUAGCUGGACAAAGAUACACCUAUAAUGUGACGGCAAGACCUAACAUAGAUGGUAUUGUACAAUAUUAUGAGUGGGAUUCUAAUAGUACUCUACCUAGAGGCUCUGAAAUUACUAAAGACUCUUUCAAUACAUUUGCUCUACCAUCUGGAAAACAUAUGCUAACUGUGACAGCAACCAAUUGUCUAAGUAAAGCUAUAUCUAAACCAGUUAAUGUGCAUUCUGUAGCUCAACUAGUAGACCUGUCAAUCAUGGCUGUCAAAAAUAAACUUGUUGGAAAACCAGUCGAGUUUCAAGCCAAAUUUUGGGAUGGUGAUUAUUUGAAUUUCACCUGGGAUUUUGGUGAUGGCCACCAUAAAUUUGUUGUUGGACAAGUUAAUGUGAACCACACAUAUAAACAUAUUGGUGAGUACACAGUCCGACUAACAGCAGCCAACCCCAUCAGUUCUAUGGCAACUCACUAUCAAGUAUUUAUAUUGGAUCAAAUUUGUAAUCCACCAGAUGUCAGUAUAGUCAAACCCAGCAGACGUCUUAACAAGCUAACAUUUAGAAAAUGUGAAGUUCUGUAUAUUGAAGCCCAGGUUCAAGUGAAAGAAUGUGAAUUGUCUAGUGUGGUUCAAUAUUCGUGGACGAUCCUAGAUAUUAGAACUAAUCAUCCAGUCUUUCCUAAAUAUCCUGAUGAUCCAGUAUUUAGAAGUUCCUCAUUGAUUUUACCCUCUCAUACUUUACAUUAUGGAAACUAUACUGUCAAGCUGAAGGUUAGAAUGAAGGGAACUAUAGUUUACUCAAUGAGCAAGAUCCAAUUAGAAGUCAUACCUUCACCAUUAAAAGUUACCAUUGAUGGUGGGAAAUAUCGUAGAUUUAAUCAUAAAGAUAUUCUAAUUCUUAAUGGUAGUCUGAGUCAAGAUCUAGAUCAACACUCUAAUUUAAGUUAUAAAUGGAGUUGUGUGGUACUAAGUUCCAAUAAAUGGUGUUUUGAAAAUUCAACAUGGCCACCAAACAUUCAAAAAGACGUAGCAGUGGUUACCAUGCCGAUUCAACUUUUAAGAAAAGAUAAAAGUGAUUUUUUGUUCAAUCUGACUGUAUCAACGUCAUCUGGUCGAAAUGCUUCAACUGAACAAGUCAUCAAAGUACUCAAAAUUGAUCAAGUUUUGAGCUUGAAAAUUAGUUGCAAGCAAUGUAUUGGUGAACUGGUUAAUCCUAGCAACCAAGUAUCUUUUGAAACAUCUUGUACAGGAUGUGUACCAACUGAAACACGAUAUAAGUGGGAGGUGAAGCUAGUUGUGGGUAAACAGCAACCCCAAUCAGCUGUUCAUGAUUUUGGUCAAUGUGUUCAGCCUGAUGGAUCAUCGUAUGAUUUGAAGUUUUUGUCUCAGAAGCUAGGGACUACUAAAGAACCCCCCGAAACAACCAGUCAAAGAGUUAGUGAGAAAGUAACAACAAGUUUACCAAUAUUUGGUCCUUGGAUGAUGAAUGAAGGUCAAAGUGGCAGAGGAAGUUAUGGUCGAGGUGGAAUGGUGGAAAGUCGAAUGACUGAAGGUCAAAGAUCACCACCUUUACCAGAAACAUUCCGUGGUAGCAAGCUGAACGAAGGUUUACCAUUCCCUGUGAGAUCCCAAUUAAGAAAUUUACCCCGCCAUCAUGAUGCCAACGAUAUUUUGACCAUACCUAGAGAGGGUUCUCCUGGUGAAAGUGGUAGUUCACAGGGCAGAAAUAUCGGGACUGGUACAAACGUUCACAACCCGAUAGAACAACCUGGUUUAGGACGACAGUUUGAAGAUAAACCAGGCCAUAGAACAUCUAACUCUGAAAAUACAGACCGUGUUUUGGGACGGCCGACACCAAGAAAUGAAACGAAACAUGUGUUUAGCCAGGACUCAACUACAGUCAGACUUCUACCUACUCAAACAAAAACUGGCCUAAAUAAACAGUCAUUGGUCAUUAAAGCUGAUGUAUUAAUGCAGGGUCGUACCUACGUUGUCAAGGUUACAGCACAUAGUCGAGAUAAUAUAACUGGUGUUGCUAUGAUGUACUUCAUAGUUAAUAAAAGUCCACAGAAGGGUUUGUGCGAGGUGUCAUCUAGGUAUGAUGGGGUUGAGUUAGAAACAAAUUUUAAAGUAUUCUGCCGUGAAUGGAAAGAUGAGCACAUGCCUCUCAAGUUUGAAGUUAGUUAUAAUCUAUAUAAAGAGGAUAUGAAAAAGUUGUUGUACAGAGGAUUGAGCCAUGAAAUAAACUUUAAACUACCAGCUGGCAAUACCACAGAUCAAAAUAGAGUGUAUCUCUUCAUUGGUAUAUUGGACGGUAUAGAAGCCAGGACUUCAGUCUGUCCCAUACCAAUACAAGUCAGACCUAGAGAUAUAACCUACAACUAUACUAGCUUUGAUGAAUUACUAUAUAGUCAAGUUGAAAUUCUUCAAGUUGCCCAAUCAUUAGUAUCUACUACAGAAGUACCAUCUGAGUUGACGAAAACAUCAUUAUUGAAGGCUUUAGAAGUCUUACAGUCCCUUUAUGAAGAAACAGAGUCAUUAUCAACCAACCUUAAAACUGGUUUUCCUGAUUUGUUAACUCUUGCUGUCCGGGCUGUUUCUAACAUCAUGCAAGCUGUAUUACAAUCUCCAUUAACUCCGAACAACAGAGGUUUAAAGAUGGUCACAAGUGAAGCUUUAAGAGUUGUGGAUAGCUUAGUUAAAUUGGAGCUGCGACAUCAUAGUAUUGGAGAGGAACCAAUAAAAAGAAUGGCCGAAUUUGUAUCUGUCAUUGCUACCCAUUUCUUAACUGGACAGAAACAGAAAAUUGAGAUUAAAGAUGCCAGUUUCAUUAUUCCAAAAGUUACAGCAAAUGACACAGAUUCUUGCUACCAAGCUCACAUGACUACAUUUACACAGAAUCCGUUUGGUUACAAUGAAAGAUAUUCUUCAAAGAUACAAUCACAGGUUGUUUCAUUAGAUAUUUAUAGUUGUCAGGGCAGGCAACCAGUUAUACAAAAUUUAGAUGACGACAAUCUGGUUGAAAUCUGGAUUCCAAGAAAUAAAAAAGAGCCUGAUAGUUCUAGUCAACAUCUAUUGAAAAGAAGUGUAAUGAAUGUACACCAGUUUAACAUUACUAAGGAAAAUCUAGACCUAUCUUUGUUCAUAACACUGGAAUUAAAUCUAAUACAAAAUGGCCGACCGUUCCCGCUUGCUGUUCUUAUUGGUUCCAGGGUGUGUGAUGGCAAUGAAUUGCUUCUGUUGUAUUUCGAGAAGGGAGAGUUGUUUUUCCUCAUAUAUACAGACCUGGGAUGA